UGUGACUUUGUAUCGGACCUGGGGUGUCCCGGGAAGCGGGCGGGCAUGCUGUAACAUUUUGUGUGCGUCUGACUCGUUGCUGCGCGCCUCUUUCAGGGCUGGAUCUCGCCCAGCAUUAAUAAUCCCACUGCAGUUCCCUCCCCUUACCCGCUAUAUUCCAAGGCGGGGAGGAAGCUCCACCGCCGCUGCCGCCGAUCUCCACUACCUUCACCCCUCCCUCUCUCUUUCUUUCUCUUGUUCCCCUCCCUCGCCCUGGGAAGGACGAUGGACAACAAGCCGCUGCUCCAGGAUAGGCCACCCGCAUAUGUGCCCAGCUCGGCGAACUACGAGUACGCCCAGACUUACGGGACCAUCCCGCCGCCUGGAUACCAACAGCAGCCUCCUCCGUACUCCUACCCAGCCUCAGGAUACGUGCCUCCUGUUUCAGUAGGUGUUCAGCCUCCUGUCUGUCCAACGUCGAACUAUUCCAACACUUACACCAUCAUCCAGCAACCCACUGCCGCUUCUGUGGUAGUGGUGGGCGGGUGCCCUGCCUGCAGAGUUGGUGUUCUGGAAGAUGACUUCACUUGCCUUGGUGUGCUCUGUGCAAUAUUUUUCUUCCCCAUUGGGAUCCUCUUUUGCCUGGCAUUGCGACAACGGAGAUGCCCGAAUUGUGGGGCCAGUUUUGGUUGAUGGGUUUGAUGGCCAUGUCUUUUUUUACUAUAAAUUCUCUCCUAUUCUGUAUAAAUUGCCAUGAAUGAACUGUCAUCAUUCUGUAUUUAGUUUGAUGGAACUUGAGUUGAUCUUUAAAGAAAUAUAAUUUGAAAAGUCUGAACAAUUAAAAGUAAUUUGUUUUUGAAUGUUUAAAAUGUACAGGAGAAAAAUUGUCUCUGUACUCUGGUUCUGCAGAUGUGACUGAAAAUGCUACAAUUAAAUUUGCAUCCUUGUACUGUUUUUUUUUAAACUAACAGCCACUUAGAUGAUUAAACAAUCUUGACACUGAGCAAAAGUGUUUCUCAUGCAUUGGAAGUGUGACUAAGAUGUAGGAACGGAGAUUGCUCCAGCAUUAAUCAUUGCUGAUUUAUUAACCCUCUCAACCCCAUUUUCCUGCCUUCUUCCUGUAAUACCCUCUCAUCAAGAAUCUAUCAACGUCUUCUUUAAAUAUACCCGAUGACUUGGCUUCCAGAGUCAUCUGUGGCAACAAGUUCCACUACCCUCCGGCUAGAAGGACGUCCUUGUAUUCUAAGGCUAUGCCUCUAGUCUGAGACUCCUGCUAUUGAAAUGCAUUGCCAGGGCAGUGGUAGGGACAGAUAUAUUGGAGACAUUUAAGAGACUCGGCCCGUUUGUUAAUGUGCCUGUGUGGGAGAGUAUGGUUAGAUUGAUCUUAGAGUAGGUUAAAAGUGCAGGUACUGUUCUGUCAUAAAUACGGUUUUUGAAAGUCACAGGGUUCUGCUGGGGGAGGAAAAGAUCUUUUAAUGUCAUGUCAAGAGAAACCUUUCCAAACCUUUAACAAAAUCUGAAACAAGGGUGAUAAAGGCAGCACAUUAGAAAUACAUGAGGUAACUUUCACCGUAAAGGUGCUGCACGUUGGGUGAAAGGAGGGAAGUGGUGUAGCAUUACUUCCUGCUGUCAUGUCAGUACUGCACUAUUCCUCUGCAGUCCCUUCUGCUACAGAAUCUGAACCCAUAGGGCAGCACAGUGCUAUUACCGCAUCAGUGACCUGGGUUCCAUUUCCACCACUGUCCGUAUGUUCUUCCCCCUGACCGUGUGGGUUUCCUUCCACAUUCCAAAGACAUGGUUAGUGUCAGUGAGUUUUUGACAUGCUAGAAGUGCAGUGGCCCUUGUGGGUUGCCCAGCAUCAUCCUCUCUGAUUUGAUUUGACACAAAUGUACAUGCGAAAAGGAAAGUAAAUCUUUCUUCCUCUCCUGAUAACCCAUAAUGGGAGUAAGUAAUUUUUGGGGCUUCGCUGACUGACAGAUGUUUUGAGUUGUUUCCUUGUUCAAUAUACCACACUUGGAUUCAGAUGAGGAUGUGCUGGUAACUUAAACUCUUCACUAAUUGGACUCCCUGCUUAUAUUUGCUGGCACAAAACAACAAACUUCACAGCAUAUUUCUGAUUCAACAAUCCAGGUAUUUGUAAGCAUAAGUGUGAAUAACCUUAAAGACUUCAAGAUGAACCUGCUUUGAGUGUAACCAAAGAUUAAAACAUUUCAAAGUGUAUUUAAAGAAAUGAUGUCUUAAUUUCAUUAACUUUUGACUUUCAGCAUUUGGACCUUGUGGUUAUUUAAAUGGCCAUUGAGCACUGUUUUAUAACUACCUGUGAUUCAUAAGAUUUUAAAAAUCUAAAAUUUCAGAAUUAAUGCAGAGAAAAUCCCUAUAAUCAACAAUGUGAUACAGGCAUGUGAAGUUGGUGGGCAGGUCAGAUUAAUGUAUCGUGAAUGCAAUGAGGCAUUCAGUUAAAUGUGUGAUUUGCAUUAACAACCAAUAUUUAAUUGUAUUUGGAUUUUCAGAAGGCCUUUGACAAGGUGCCACAUAAGGCAGCUUAACAAGCUGUGAGCCCAGUGUAUUACAGAAAAGAUUCUAGCAUAGAUAAAGCAGUGGCUGAUUGGCAGAAGGCAAAGAGUGCAUAAGGGAGCCUUUUCUUAUUGGCUGCCGAUGACUGUUAGGACUUUUUUUCGCAUUAUAUGUCAAUGAUUUGGGUGAUGGAAUUGAUGGUCCAAACAUCCACUCUCAGACAGUCCUCUGGGUCUCCAGUGGACUGACAGAUAAUGGGCUACUGACUUCCUCAAUGGACCCUCCAACUCAUACUCCUAGAGUUUGGGCCAUCAGACUUCUGGACAUACAAUCAGCCUUUGUAGUUUGAUCCUCAGUAUUGACCCUAGGGUUAGUUGAUGAGGGGACCUUGAGUUCCAGACUCUUGUGUCCAGGUGGUUCAGUGGCCCCCUAGUGGUCACUUCAGCACCAUCAUGUGUUCAUUUUAAAAGUGUUAAUGUAAAAUUACCAAAGUGUUUUUGUACAGCACAUUCUCUUACCAGCAGUGUGAUGUUAUUUCAAAAAAAAUAGCCAAAUCACCUUACCUCUAGCAGUUAGUGGAUUCAUCGCAUGAGAGCUGAGUGCAAGUGGAGUGUGGCUUUGUCAACAAACACCCCAACAAGAUAACAGUAUUUCUUUAAUAGUGGACUUUGUGCGUCAGUUUGUUACUGCCUAUAACACCACUGGCAUUUAUGGCAGCAAUAAAGGUCCUCCAUCUCAGUCUGUCCUUGGCCACCUUCGUUAUUGUGCUACAGGUACGAUUCAGGGUUCUCGUUUCUGUUUCUGCAUAUGGUGCCAAGCUGUUUUCUUUGCUCUUCAGAGGUCCAGUGAAGAGCUGCUUGAUGAUGGAGUUGGCCUCUCUUCUCAUCACAUGUCCUAUCCAUCUCCAACCUUUCCUCAUGUUGAUUGUGGUCGUGUCCUCUUAAUGACACUGAAGGGAUAGGGCGUGGCUGGGGAUCCUUCUCGGCCAGAAAAUAUGUUGGAUUUUCCGGAGGCUCAGUGUGAAGUGACGAAAGCCUGGCAAGGUCAUUUUGUGUGUGUUAGCUUGUUUUGUACUUAAGUUUCUGGCAGAGAACAAGUCCACUACAUUUUGCUCUGUGGAGGCUGCUAUUAUUGAAUGGCAGAGCCAAAAGUGGCUGAUGGGCCAAAAGUUCUAUAUCUUAUGGUUGGAUGAUGGGGAUGAUCAAGAUCAAAAAUAAAUCAAGGUAGCCUCACCCAUUCCUACCUCUGGGAUUAGUGGCUACCACAGGUAGCAGGUUAAACUGGUUGUGCAAAUCUACAUUGGGUGGUGUUAACUUGGCUUUGGGAACAAAGAGAAACCACAGAAUUCUUGACAGAAAGUGAUGGAGAAAUUCAGUAUGUCAGUCAGCAUCUGUGGAAAGAGAAACUCGAUGUCUUGGGCUUGCAGUCCUUCAUCAGAACUGAGAAAUCUUUCAUCCCUCCUUACCCAUUCCUUCCUGUCUCCUGGCACUUUUCCCUGCAGCCAGAGGAGGUGGUAUAACACCUCCUCCCUCACCGCUAUCUGGGACCUAAACAACUCUUCUAGGUGAGGCAGGGAGUUGUAUGUACUGUCUCCCAACCAUUGUUGUCCGAGCGGCUCUGUAGCACUGUAGUUAGCACCACACAUUUACUGCACCAGCGAUCACCAACCAGGAUUCAGUUCCCACACUGUCAGGAGUUUGUGUACUCUCUCAUGACCAUGUGUGGUUCUGGGUGCUCUGGUUUCCUGCCGCAGUUCAACGACAUACAGGUUAGGGUUGGUAAGUUGUGGACAUGCUGUGUUGGUACCUGAAGCAUAGCGACACUUGAGGCCUGCCCCCAGCACAUCCUCAGAAUGUGUUGGUCAUGGACACAAACAACACAUUUCACUGUUUUGAUGUACACUUGACAAAUAAAGCUAUACUUUAUCAUCAACAACAUCUUGCACAGACAAAAUUUAUCAUUGACUCCCAAUAUAAGGAGAAAGAAUUGGCAAUGAAAUUACAUGCUCUGUAGAUUAUACCCUUAUUUCGUCUGAAAUAGUGGACAGUUACUGGUUGCUCCAGAGGGCAUAGUAGUAAUUCUUCCUCUCAGCUGCUCUAUGAUUAGUCCACAGGUUUUGGUUUUGAAGUACAUGAAGGAGGGGUUCAUUGGAGCACCCACUGAAAUACAGAAAAGCUGAACUAUGCUAAUAUAAAACAAUUUAGCUAGUAAACUUUAAAUCUUAAAAGGUUGCUGCUCUUUUGUAUUGAAACAUAACAGUGAAAAUAUUGUUUGCGUCCAUGACCAACACAGUUUAAGGAAUGUGCUGGGGGCAGCUCACAAGUGUAGUCACGCCUCUGGUCCCAACAGCUUACUAAACUCUAACUUGUACACCUUUGGUAUGUUUGUUUAUUUUAGAGAUACAGCACAGUAACAGGUCGUUCCAGCCCAAUGAGCCCACACUGCCCAAUUUCACUAAUGUGGCCAAUUUACUUACUAACCCAUACAUCUUUGGAAUGUGCGAGGAAAAUGAAGCACCCAGAGGAAACUCACGGGGAGAACAUACAAACUCCUUACAGACUGUGGUGGAAUUGAACCCGGCUUACCGGCUCCAUAAAGCGUUACGCUACCAUGCUGUCCACAUGCCCAGAAGUUAAAUUGUUAAUAGAUCUCCAAAUGGAAGCCAGUGGUGGGUGGAUGUGUAUAAGUAUUUAUAAACUGCUGUUGGGAGAUUUUCAAUGUCUUAAAUGCACUUCAGCACAGAAUACACAUUGACAAUUGUAGUUUUAUUCAAAAUAAACUGGUUUAUAAUGAUACAGAUUAUUGCACUUUUAAGUCCAUGGCUACAUUUACAAUACAUUCUUCACUUUUUCUGCCAUCUUAAUUUAUACAAUUAGGCAAUAACUUUAUAGCAUCAGAACCUAUAAUUUAGUGCUUCCCAAAUGAGAAAAUAUAAAAUGUUAGAUCAUAGUGUUUCAAAUUUCUCUCUUACAGCAUGACAGAAGUCAACUUAGCCAGAUGGACUCAUCUUCAGGCAUUUCUGCAUCCUUCAAGUGUGGUCAAUCAAUGGUCAUACGGAGUAGGAACUGCCCUCAUGGGGGAGGAGAAGGCAAUGCUUCAUCUUGGUUCAAGUAAAAACAAUCAGCUAAUCACUGAGCUUCGUCAACGCUGCUCAUGCAACUGUACAAUUUUGAUGAUGUUAGUCUCUUAGAAAUUUCAAAAUACUUAUUAAAAAAUAAAAGCUUUCAAUCUACUCUCUGACUGCCUCUGGAAAUGCACAGGAUCAAUUUUUAACCUAACCCACACAUAGUGAAACUGAUGAAAUUCAACCAAGUUGAUUUCACAUCCCAUGCACAGUGAGUAAUAGUGCAGUCAACUUAACAUUUCUGUUUUAGGGUUUACAUUUUGACAUUUAGAGCACAGAAUAUAAGCACUUGUCUGAGACACUAAUUUUCCUGUUCUGCAGCAUAAGAAUUAUGUCAAAAUUUAUUUUAUCCAUACUAUUUUGAUGGUAGUAGCUGUUUGUUAAUUAGAUCACUGUACCUUUAGAAUGAACUAACAAUGCAAAUAAUAAUUAGGAAACUACAUACCUUCCUCCUCCACUGGUUUCAGUCUAGGUGUUCCAAUGGUGACAUUGCAUAAGAUUAUUGCUACAGCUGUGCCUAUGCUGCACCAUCCUUAAACAUUUAAAUCUGCAUGUAUAGGCACUUUCAGAUCUGAUUUAAUAUUUAUGAACACAGCAUUCAAGUGUUCCAUACAUAAACAGCUGUGAUAUUUUAAAUGUUUGUUACUAUCUGUUCACUGGUUAGUGCAGUAAAGGAAAUUAUUUUGAAAGAAACUAACAGCAGUUAGUUUAAAAAGUGUAGAAAAUGAAGAGCUGAGUUUGGAAGUGAUUCAACGUUAUGUCCUGGCUGUGUUUGGCCUGUGUAAUGUUUAAAUAAGCAUUUUUUUUGUUUUUAAAAUCAGAUUUUUUUUGUGCCUGUUUAAAAAAGAAAAAAAAAGCUUGUUCAUUUCCUGUUCCCCCUUUUUGUUGUUUUUUUUGUGUGCAUUCCCUGAAGUUUAGAAAAAUUAGGGUGACCUUGUUCAAACGGUUAAGAUCCUAAAGGUAGAUUUGAGAUGUUAACACCAGUGGAGGAGACAUGAACAAGGGGGCAUUUAAAACUGUGCCGUGUAGAAAUCUCUGGGAUUCUUUGCCCCCAGGGUGGUGAGUGCCAGAUCAUGAGAUGCUGGGUAUAUUUAAAGCAGUGGUUGAUAGGUUCUUGGUUUGUAAGAGUACAGUAUAGAGGAAUGAAAGAGGAUCUCAUAGAAACAUUUCGAAUGUUGCAAGGGUUGGACAGAGUAGAUGUGGAAAGGCUGUUUCCCUUGGUGGGUCAGUCCAGGACAAGAGGCCACAGUCUUAGAAUUAGAGGGUACUCAUUUAAAACAGAGAUGAGGAGAAAUUUUUUUAGCCAAAGGGUCGUGGAUUUAUGGAAUUCGUUGCCACAUACAGCUGUGGAGGCCCGGUCAUUGAGUGUGUUUAAGGAGGAGAUUGAUAGGUAUCUAAUCGGUCAGGGUAUCAAGCGAUAUGGGGAAAAAGCUGGAAAUUGGAACUAGAUGGGAGAAUAGUUUAGCUCAUGGUGAAGUGGUGGAGCAGACUCGAUGGUCCAAAUGGCCUACUUCUGCUCCUUUGUCUUGUGAUCUUGUAAGAAUGUCAAAGGUUUCAAGGAGAAUGCAGGAUGAUGGCAUUGAGAGGGAAAAUGAAUCGGCCAUGAUGGAAUGUGACAGCAGACUCAAUGGGUUAAAUGGCCUAAAUCUGCUCUAAUGUCUUAGGUAUUUAAGGUGGAGACAUAAACAUCAGAAAGACUGGGGCAUGAAGGUUGUGGGCAACCAGCACACAAGAGGAUUUAAGAUCAGCCAUCAUCAUAUUGAAUAUUAGGGUGAGCUUUGGCAGGGGAGGGGGCGGCUGAUGAUAUUCCUCCUCCCCUUUUCUUGUGUUUUUGUAAGGAUUAGUUUUAAUUCUCCAGUGUCAAAUGUUUUUUUUCAUAAACACAAGUCCAAGACCACAUCUGGUUUGUACUGAUGGCAGAUUUUGAUGGCAAAAUCGUAGCACAUGAACAGUGGUCACUGCCAUAGCCAGUUUUUAAAGGGUGGAUAGUUCUGCUCUGCCUUAAGCCAGCCCAAGUCAAGAUCGUGGUUCACAAUAUUAAACUCUGUGUUAGUUACAACUGCUGUUAGACUGCUUUAGCCUCCAACACCAGUGCCUGCUCCUCAUCCAGAGUUACAUUCAUGCCCAGGUGUUCUUGGAAAGGGAGCAUGAAAUCACAAAGGGUACGUUGGGGGAUUUACAAACAGUCCCUCCUCCCAAGGGAAUUGAGUGUUUUGUAGAUGAAAGUGAUUGUAUUUUAAUUUGAAAUCGUCAACAGGGUUAAAUAUCACAUUCACAGGAUUUUGGAAGAGGAGGAAGAGCAAUGGGAUGUCUUGGUACAUAUUGGUACCAAUGACAGAGGAAGGAAAAGCAAAGAGUUCCUGAAGAGAGAAUUUAGGGAUCUGGGCAAAAAGCUGAGAAGCAGGACCUCCGGGGUAGUAAUAUCUGGAUUACUACCUGUGCAACGUGCCAGUGAGGGUAGAAACAGGAUGAUUUGGCAGGUAAAUGCGAGGCUGAGAAGUUGGUGCAGGGCACAGGGCUUCAGGUUCUUGGAUCAUUAGGAUUUCUUCUGGGGGAGGCAUGGCCUGUACAAAAUUGAUGGAUUGCACCUGAACCGGAGGGGGACCAGUAUUUUCACGGACAGGUUUGUUAGAGCUUAUGGAGAGGGAUAAACUGGGGGGUGGGAACUGGAGUGAAGGGACUCAUGAUAGGACUGACGGUAACAAACCAAACACAGCAUGCAAUCAGACUGUCAAGAAGGGCAGGCAGAAAAUUGCAGCCAGCAGGAUGAGUGUCAGUGCAUUAGGGAUGCAAAAUCUAAAAGGGUAGCAAAUACAGCACUCAAACUGUUAGAAUCUCAAUGCACAGAAUGCAAGAGAUAAGGUGGAUGAUCUUAUUGCACUUUUACAGAUUGUCAGGAAUAAUGUUGUGGCCAUCACUGAAUUUUGACUGAAGGAUGGUUGAAGUUGGGAGCUGAACAUCCAAGGUUACACAUGUAUCAGAGGGAAAGGAAGGUAGGCAGAGGAGAUGGCAUGGCUCUGCUGGUAAAGAAUGUCAUAUCUUUCUAAUGAUUUGAUGCCAAAGGAUUGGAAGAUGUUGAAUCCUUGUGGGUUGAGUUCAGAAACUGCAAGGGUAAAAGGACCCUAUGGUAGUUAUAUACAUUCCCCCCAAUAAUAGUUGGGAUGUAGACCAGAGAUUACAAUGGGAAAUAGAAGAGGUGUAUCAAAAGGGCAACGUUAUGACAGUCAUAGGAAAUUUCAACAUGCAAGGUGAAUUGGGAAAAUCAGGUUGGAAAUGGAUCUCAAGAAGCUAUACUGGAUUGGGUGUUAUGUAAUGAACCAGAGGCAAUUGGGGGGCUAAGGUAAGAGAACCCCUAGGAGGCAGUGAUCCCAAUAUGAUUGAGUUUACUUGAAAUUUGAUAGGGAGAAAGUAAAGUCUAACGUAGCAGUGAAGUAAAAGAAUACAGUGAUAUGAGAGAGGAGUUGGCCAAAGUAAAUUGGAAGGAGAUGCUGGCAGGGAUGACAGCAGAGCAGCAAUGGUGUGAGUUUCUGGGAAAAAUGAGGAAGGUGCAGGAUAGAUGUAUUCCAAAAACAAAGAGAAGAAAUACUCAUGGCAAAAUACUACAACUGUGGCUGACAAGGCAAGUCAAAGCUAAUAUAAAAGCAAAAGCGAGGACAUACAAACAAGCAAAAAUUAACAGUAAGAUAGAUGAUUGGGAAACUUAAAAACCUACAGAGAACAACUAAAAAUUAUUAGGAAGGAAAAGAUAAAAUAUGGAAGCAAGCUAUCAAACAACAUCAAAGUGGAUAGUAAAAGAUUUUUCAGGUAUGUUAAAAAUAAAAAAGAGAUGAGAGUUGAUGUAGGAACACUAGAAAAUGAGGCUGGAGAAAUAAUGAGGGCGGGAGACAAGGAGAUGGCAGAUGAACUAAAUGAGUAUUUUGCAUAAGUCUUCACUGUGGAAGACACUAACGGCGUGCCAGAUGUUGAAGGGUGUGAGGGAAGAGAAGUGAGUGCAGUUACUAUUACAAGGAGAAGGUGCUCAAAAAGCUGAAAGACCUAAGGGUACACAAAUCACCUGGACCAGAUAAAAUGUACACUAUGGUUCUGAAAGGUACAGGCAGAGAUUGUGGAGGCAUUAGUAAUGAUCUUUCAAAAAUUAUUGGACUCUAGCAUGGUUCCGGCGGACUGGAAAAUUGCAAAUGUCACUCCACUCUAAGAAAGUAGGGAGGCAGCAGAAAGGAAAUUAUUGACUAGUUAGCCUGACCUCAGUAGUUGGGAAGAUGUUGGUGUCAAUUGUUAAAGAUGAGGUUAUGGAGUACUUGGUGACACAGGAGAAGACAGGACAAAGUCAGCAUUGUUUCCUUAAGGGAAAAUCUUGCCUGACAAACUUGUUGGAAUUCUUUGAGGAGAUUACACAUAGGAUAGAUAAAAGGGAUGCAAUAGAUGUUGUAUAUUUGGACCAGAAAGCUUUUGACGAGGUGCCACAUGAGGCUGCUUAUCAAGUUAGGAGCCCAUGGUAUUACAGGAAAGUUACCUGCAUAGUUAGGACAUUGGCUGACUGGUGGGAAUAAAAGGAUCCUUUUCUGGUUGGCUGCCAGUGACUAGUGGCUUUCAACAGGAGUCUGUGUUGGGACUGCUUCUUUUUAUGCUGUAGCUCAAUGAUUUAGAUGAUGGAAUAGAUGGUUUUGUUGCCAAGUUUACAAAUGAUACGAAUAUUGGUGGAGGGACAGGUAGUGUUUUAAGAACCAGGAAGGCUGCAGGAAGACAGAUUAGGAGAAUGGGCAAGAAAAUGGUAAAUGAAAUACAAUGUUGGAAAAUGCAUGGUCAUGCACUUUGGUAGAAGAAAUAAGUGUACAGACUAUUUUCUAAAUGGGGAGAAAAUCCAAAAAUCUGAGAUGCAAAAGGACUUGGGAGUCCUUGUGCAGAACACCCUAGGGGUUAAUUUACAGGUAGAAUUGGUGGUGAGGAAAGCAAAUGUAACAUUAGCAUCCAUUUUAAGAGGUCUAGAACACAAGAGCAGAGAUGUGAUGCUGAGGCUUUAUAAGGCACUGGUGAGGCCUCACCUUGGGUAUUGUGAAGUUUUGGGCUCCUCAUCUAAGAAAAGAUGUGCUGGCAUUGGAGAGGGUCCAUAGGCAGUUCACAAGGACGUUGCCAGGAAUGAACAGGUCAUCAUACGGGGAACGUUUGAUGGCUUCUGGAUCUAUACUCAAUGGAAUUUGGAAGGAUGGGGGGGUGCGGGGGGAGGUAUCUCAAUGAAACCUUUCAAAUGUUGAAAAGCCUGGACAAAGUAGAUGUGGAAAGUAUGUUUCCCAUAGUGGGGGAGUCCAGGACAAGAGGUCACGGCUUCAGGAUAGAGGGGCAUCCUUUUAAAACAGAUGGAGAAAUUUCUUUAGCCAGAGGGUGGUGAAUUUGUGGAAUUUGUUACCACAGGCAACUGUGGAGGCCAGGUCAUUGAGUGUAUGAAAGGCAGAGCUUGAUAGAUUGUGACGUGGACAUGGCCACAAAGGUUACGGGAGAAGGGUGGGCAGUGGGGCUCAGGGUCAGCCAUGAUUGAAUGGUGGAGCAGACUCAGUGGGUCAAAUGGCCUAAUUCUGCUUCUCUGUCUUAUGGUCUUAAAGCCCUUAUCUUGUUUAUAUUUCGUGAUUGAAUAAAGGUUGGUAUGUUUGUUUAAAAAAAAGCUUCCAACACCAGGCCAAAAGGCUGAAAUCCAAACCUUGGCCUGAAUUGUCUUCAGUAAGCACAAUUCAGAGGCGCAUAACUUGUCGAAUUGAUAGAUUAGAUUUAUUUAUUUAGAAGCAGCACAGUAUAGGCCCUUUCAGCCACACUGCAUAGUAACACUCUAUUUAACCCUAGCUUAAAUCAAUGUACAACUUAUAAUGACCAAUUAACCUACCAACUGGUGCACCUUUAGACUGCGGGAGGAAACCAAGGCACCUGGAGGAAACCCAUGGGGUUACAGCAAGAACAUAUAAACUUCUUACAGCGGUGGGAAUUGAACCCGGGUCACAGAUACAGUAAAGUGUUGUGCUAACCACUACGCUACCGUGCCACCUCCUGCUCAAACUGUAUUUCACUUGCAGGCUUUACCAUGAUCCCUGCAUACCCAGUAACUAGUCGAGGGAAAGUGUGCAUUAUCAUGGAGUCAGAGUUGUACAAUAAAGAAAUAGGUCCUUCAGCCCACCACAUCUAUGUUGACCUGUCUGGCCACCUACACCAAUGCCAUUGUGAAUGGACGCAAUGAAUCCACGUACUCUACCUCCCCUCGUUUUCGUGCUCUUUCCACACUACUUACUUAGUUUUAAUCUAUUUUCUUAUUAUAAUUUCUAGUUUUUUUUAUUAUGUAUUGAAUGUACUGCUGCAAAACAACAAAUUUCAGGACAUAUGCCAGUGAUAUUAAACCUGACUCUGAUUUGCUCCUACUAAUGCUGCAUCUUUCUGUAACUUGUCCAUUUAAAUAUCUGUCUAAAUGUGUAUUUAACAAAAUGACUGCAUCCGAUUCUACCACCUCUUCUGGCAGCAUUAAAUUUAUCAACCAUUCUCUGUAAAAUAAUAAAAAAAAAUCCCCUUAAAUUCCUUUUAAAACUUCUUUCUUAAAAAGAACAAACCCAGGCAACUAAAUCUCUAUCUCAGCCACACACUCAAUAACAAAAGUGAGGACAUUCAUUCAUUUGGCAACUUCAUUACUGGCCGAGUAAUUAUUGUAUUUUCCUGGACAAAUAUGCGACUAAUUGCAAAGUGCACUCAAUGGGCCAAGUAGCCGAGUUCUGCUCCAGUGUUUUAUGGUCGAAUCUGUAUAUAGCAGGACUACAGAUAUGAUUGAAAGCUGUGUCUGUAAAUCCCUGACAUUUAUGAAAUUACGGUCCAGUGAUAGAAGAUAGAACAGUGCAGCACAGGAACAGGCCAUUUGUACUGAUCAACUUAAAUUAGUAAUCAAAUGGCCAACCUAAUUAAUGCCCUUUGCCGACACAGUGUUCGUCUUCUUCCUUUUUCUGCAUAGUCAUGUGCCUGUAUUGUUCUACCAUCACACCAGGCAGUGCAUUCCAAGCACCCACCAUUGUGUUAAAAAAAAACUUGACCCUCACAUCUCCUUUGAGAUUACACCCUCUCAACUUAAAUGUAUGCCCUCUGGUAUUAGACAUUUCAAUUAUGGAGUCUGUCUACCCUAUCUAUGCCACUCAAUCUUAUAAAGCUCUAUCAGCCUUUACCACUCCAGAGAACACAACCCAAAUUUGUCCAAACUCUCAUUUUAGCAUAUGCCCUCUAAUGCAGACAGUAUCCUGGUAAACUUCUUCUACACCCUCGCCAAGGCCUC